UGAAACCAAGGCUACGCACCUGCGCCACGGCUCUCUCGCCCGACAGCUCUCGAGGCUGGUUUUUCUGGAUCAACUUAAAAACACCCCCUCUCAUUUCACACCAAGUUCACCGGCAGUUAAGAAAAGGACAACACCCGGAAAUACCGACCGACUUUCUUCGAGUGUGCCAACGGUGCGAGGACGACACAAACUCCACAGUGACAGGAUGGAAACCCAGAGCCAGGUCGUGGACAGGUUGCGGUCGGUGUUUCGGACGGGCAUCACGAUACCGGCGGAGUUCCGUUUGACUCAGCUGAACAAACUUAUGUCCAUGAUCAAAGAGAACGAGGAGCAGAUUUUAAAUGCACUGCACAAAGACCUUGCAAAGCCAAAGUUUGAGGCCAUCAUGUCCGAGGUUGACAUCGUGGUCAACGAGCUGUACUUCGCUCUCGCCAACUUGACGAGCUGGUUGCAGCCGGAGUAUGUCAGCAAAAACCUGGCCACAAAGCUGGAUGACUGUUUUGUGCGGAGGGAGCCAUUAGGAGUGGUACUGAUCAUCGGGCCGUGGAACUACCCCCUUCAUCUCCUUCUCCUACCUUUGGUUGGAGCCAUUGCUGCAGGAAACUGUGCGGUCAUCAAGCCUUCAGAGGUCAGCGCCCACACAGACAGUCUGAUGGCAGAGCUCAUUCCCAAAUAUUUGUCUCAGGACUGUUACUCAGUUGUUCGUGGUGGAGCAGAGGAGACCACGACACUUCUGCAGAAUCGCUUCGACCACAUCUUCUACACAGGUUCUCAGACCGUGGCACGCAUCAUCCUGCAGGCCGCCUCGGUCCACUUGACCCCGGUGACCUUGGAACUGGGGGGCAAGUGUCCGUGCUUUAUAUACGGCCGGGUGAACAUCGCGGCCGCCGCUCGCCGAUUGGUGUGGUCAAAGUAUUUCAACGCCGGCCAGAGCUGCGUGGCUCCAGACUACGUGCUGUGCUCGCCGGCCACGAGGGACGCCCUGCUGCCGGCGCUGCGUGAGACCCUGGAGGAGUUCUACGGCAAGGAGCCUCAGACCAGCCCUGACCUGUCCCGCAUCGUGUCACCCAAACACUGGACUCGACUGAUGGAGCUGCUCAAGAGGUCCGCUGGCAAGGUUGUGGUGGGAGGAGAGAGCGACCAGGAGGACAAGUACAUAGCUCCCACAGUGUUGGUGGACGUGGCCGAGGACGACGCUCUGAUGGCGGAGGAGAUCUUCGGCCCCAUCCUGCCCAUCCUCACCGUGGACUCUCUGGAGGAAGGCAUCGACUUCAUCAACCGGCAAGAAAAGGCGCUGGCCCUCUACGUCUUCUCUGACGAGUCCUCUGUGGUAAACACGGUGCUGGAGAACACCAGCAGUGGGGGAUUCUGCUCUAAUGACGGGAUCAUCCACAUGUGCCUGCCGACCCUGCCCUUUGGAGGUGUAGGGACCAGCGGAUUCGGCAGCUACCACGGCCGCUGGGGCUUCGAGACGUUCAGCCACCGGCGCGCCUGCAUGCUGCGCGGCUGGACUCUGGAGAGACUCAACGGCCUGCGUUACCCUCCGUACCGAGAAGACAAACUGAGCUGGCUGCGCUGGACCACCUCGGCCAAGAGCAGCUGCUCACUCAUGUGAUGAAGUGCGUGUAAUUAUUUUAUUGAUAAAAACAUUUAGACAUGUUAAAUGUCACUGAUUCCACAGCCUGCAUACCUGUGUCCUCUUGCACUGACAUUUUUUUUUACUGCGUUAUUGUUUUAAUAACCUGCUUAAUCUCUUUUUUUUUA